CACCAGGUUAAUCCAAAACAACCGUGCACUUGUUUUCCUUCUUACGCGGUGUUUGAUUUCUGUCGUUACUUCACUUGUUCAUAUUGCGGGAGGUUUGUUGUCCUGGGUUGAUUUUUGUCUCGUUCCAAACAAGCAAAGGGGGAGUGAUAAAGACCAACACAAAAUUAAGAGGAAGAAGAGGUAUACGCAGAGUGAGUAACGAGGUUAGAUAUAUAAAGAGAUCCAGGGACACACUAUGAAUAAUACAAUACCCAUUGUGAAGCAACAGUCGAAGAAUUACAACUCGCACUUUGCGCCAAUUGCUCCUGCAAUAGCGCCUAGGCCCGUCCAUGUGCUGCCAAAGCCAAUCCAAGGGCAAAUAUCAAAGCCUAACACAUCGACUGGCUCGGCGUCCAGCUCCAAUAAAGUACCACCGGCACCGAUGAUCAUAACAUCCAAGCAUUGGGUGCUUCCUCCACGCCCGAAGUCUGGCAGAAAGCCAUCUGCUGCAUCUUUGGAGAAGAAGAAACAACAGGCUGCUCAACAGGCACAGCAUGCUAAAAAUAUUGAGAAUAAGACAAAUAUCCCAGAGAAACAGUCGAGUAAGACGAACCAAACGAAUCAGGCCCGAGAUGUUGACGCGAAACAACCUGAUCAACAAGUUAGUUCACAGAAGGUUGGAAAGAUUGAAUCGAUGGAGCACGUUGGGCCUAAAGCCGAGGAUGCUCAAGAGGUGAAAAGCUCAUCACACAGCACCGAACAACAUGGAACCCAGCUGCCGCAACCUCAAUCACAGCUGGAGCCAGAUCUGGCGAUCACGGACACCAGCGCAUCUGUGACUUCCAAUGCAUCUGUGACGAAUCUGAGUAACAACAUGGUAAAUCUCAAUUUGAACAAGUCCCAAUCUGAGAACUUUGUGUUGAACUUGAAGCCUCACGAGGUGUUAAAAUCUCAACUUGAAACCGCUACUGAAGAGAACCACAAGCUCAAGUCUAUAAUUUCUAGGUUAAAGGUUGAAAUUGAUCAACUCCAACAGCGCCGUUCUUACUCUGUCCCAUCGAUUCCGGUAACCGCUUCUGGGAUUGCUCUCUCUCCACAGGAAUCUACGCCGGUGAGUACUACAGCUACAACGACAAGAGAUGUUUCUCCAUCCACGAUUGAUCCAAAGGAUAUUGGUAUGGCAAAGCCUAAGAAGAGAACGUAUAAAAAGAAGAAGAAGAAGAAACAAGACGAUGUCGCAGCUGUUACAACUGCAACUGCCACAACUGCAGCCUCAGGGACGACGCUGGCUGCUGAUUCAGUGAAGGUGAAGAUGGAAUCACCCUCCCCAUUACCUGUCACGCUUUCAACUAGUGCAGUGGUACCGUCAGACUUACCUUCCAUAGAGCCGAUCCUGGACAGACAACCUGCAAAGAAAACCAAGCUAACAAAUACCACACUGGAGAGAUCGGCAUCUUUGAGUCUUGAUAUGAUGUCACCGCCAACGUCUGUGAUGUUGGACAGAUCCAUGUCCACGCCUUCUGACUGGAGCCAUAUCCAGCAGAAUGGGACUCACAAGGUAUUAAGCCGUACUACGACAAACACCACUUUUGAUCCUCUGGAAUUCACUUGGCCAGAAUACGGAUGUGGAUUUUGCAAUGAGGGAAUCGAAGGAGCUUGUCUAUGCGCGGAGAAGGGAAUUAUUGAUGAUGUUAAGAGGGAUAUGAUGAUUAGAGACAUUGAAAGUAAUGUCAUUAACGAAGGUGAUGAAGUUGAGAACUUUUUGAAGACUGAAGAGUUCUUAAAAGUAGAGAACGAUGACGGGUAUUCUGAUUUUUUGAUGAUUUGAAAAUGGCGUUACAUCUAAGACGAUGUUCAACAGAGUGCCAUAAUGUAAUGAUUGAAAUGGUGUGUACGAAAAGAAAGUACCGAAGGGUAUAAGAAAAACACAAAAAAAAGAACGAUGAUGUAUAAGAAUGAAUGGUUGCUUUAGGA